AUGCUGUCCUGCCAAGACCUGAGCUUUGCAGGAGGGCAGCGCUAUGACUACUCCGCCUCCACGUCAGCUGACGGCAGUGUUGACGUUUCCACAGCAGCGCUCUUCUCCCUCUGGGACGCCGGUCCCCUGGACAACGCUGCCCGCCAGCACGAGCCGCCUCGGCGGGGUAAGACCUGCAAUAUGCCGCGACCAGAGGCGCGAGAGGCUUCCCGCCUUGACAAACUGGAGUUUUUCCAUCUCCAGUGUCAUCGGCCCAUCUGGCCUGACCAACUGUCACCUCAACUUCAACGAAACAAACAGCUUCAAGAUACCCUAAUGCAAAGAGAAGAAGAGCUGGCCAGACUUCAAGAAGAGAACAACAAGCUCAAGGAGUUUUUAAACUCAUCAUAUGUUAAGUCUUUAGAGGAAAAAACAAAGAGACUCCUUCCUAACUGCAAGGUUCCAGAUGGUCCAAGACAUCGAAAGAGAACUUAUGAUGAUUUCCAGAACCUAAGCAAGUUACUUCAGAACAGUGAGGGGAAGCAGACUUGCCGCAAUCUCUCUUUGGAAUUUUGCUCCACUGAAGAUUUGGCGGCCACCCCACCUCUAGACUCAUGGAUACUAGAAACUCUUGGCCUGAGAGACGAGAACACCGUUGACCCAGAACACAGUUUCAAAACCCAUUCUUUCAGCUGUCCAAUCCCUACAGAAGAUCCUUACAGUACAACAAAUGUGAACAAUGCAGUCGGCUUCAGCCCCAAUGUCGAGACACGCUGCGAUUACAGCUGCAUCGUAGAGUCAUCGAGCAACUGCAGUCUGGACACCUCCAGUGACUACAGCACCUCCCAGAGCUUGGGUUCAGAUUAUUCAACCCUUGACCACUCUGCUAUUUACACCAUCACAACUACAGGCUCACUGGUCAGCUCUCCACCAUUGAUGACCCUCGCUCAACACUUCACACCACCACGAGCUGCCUCGACUCCAUUACAUACCGAGGAUGUAAGCCCGGGUCCAUAUUACAACACACCAGGCUGUGAUGCCUCCAGUCCACCAGGGGGCAAUAGUCAACUUUUCUCCACACCUCAUGUGUGUCCUAGCAGGACAGACUUGGCAUUUAGCAUGUCACUUAGUCCACAAAACAGUGUGAAGACACACAGUUUCUCUCAAGGACAAGCUUUUACACGCAGAGAUGCACAAGGGGGAUGGAACUUCACCUGGGUUCCUAAACAGUGUUCCUAGAGACAUUUUUUGAGGAAUGAUAACUCAGCCUGCUCCAUAUUAACAAGAAAAACAAGAACUCUUCACUUUUACAGGUGAUAUAUUAUAUAUUAUAUAUUUUUAUGUCAUGAAUUUGUAUAUAGUGUUUUUUAUUCAUCGUGAUUGAAAGGCUUUGAUAUUAGAUGCAGGAUUAUGACUGAAUUCAUUAAAAUCUUUUUCUAAGUAAAUUUUUUAUUUUUUCCAAGAUUUUGGUACUUUCAAAUUGUAAAAGAAAAC